AUGCGUGAGCGGAAGACGUUCGAAGCUCUGCAACGAGAUAAGCGGGUCACUGAUCACAAGAGCCGAGGCCCAGCGACGAAAAAGCCAAAGCGUGCAGCAGCAACUCCUGUGUCUGUCGAUUCCAAGGAGCAGUUGUUGCACGGCCAGCGCGUACUGCUGGUCCCGUUCGGACCCGACAUGAGUCGCAAGCGUUUGGAGAUUUUGCAAGGCAUGGUACACAAACUAGGCGGGCACGUGGUGGAUGCUCACGCAAAGAUGGAUCGGAGGAGGGCCAGUGCUGGACCACGCGAUGCCGCCGCAUUGGUAACGCGGAAGGACUGUGACCUGAUCAUUGCCAGCGCUGGGCUAAAGCACGACAAGGCCGUGGCAUUCCUGCGUGCUCCAGAGUUCCCUCCACCCGCUAUCGAGGUGUACACGCCGGAAUGGCUCGUGUACCUCGUACAGAACAAAGAGCUUCCACCUGCUGGCUUGUUGCUGACAUGGUCGGAGCAGCAGCACGUUCAAGACGAAGCGGCAAAGCACGAACGACAUUGCGCCGAAGUAGCCCAGCAGUUGGCGGAGAAGAGAGGUGCUGGGACUCGAAACGACAGCGACAGCGACGAAGGAUCGAAUUCCGAACACUCGGACACUCAGGAGAUCGUGCGUGCAGCGCCCGUAACAAUGGACAAGGAGGUCCUUCGCGCGCGUCAAGCUGACCUGGACGAGAAGAACAGGAAGUUGGUGGAAGAGCGCGUACCCGUUUUCUACAAGAACAAUCCAACCUUCCGCCCGAUUACAGAGCGAGCGAGCGCGAGCUCCAGAAAGGUCAUUGGCGAAGGCUUUAUAUGCCAACGAUCGUCCGCUGUGCAUCAGAACCUCAACGCUCAUUUGACUGAGCCACUGGAGGAAAUGAUGGAGUUCCUCGAUGUCGAACGAGACGUGUGGCGACAUUACAUGUACAAGAAAGUGGUGGCGAGCUUGAAGGCCACACGCUAUCGCGUUUGCAGCGCAAAAGACUUCCGGGACAUGCAGUGGGUAAAGGGGCGUCUACGGGAUAAAGUGCUUGAAAUCCUCGAGACAGGUCGCCUCGCCAAGCUCGAUGCCAAGAAGAAGAACCUGCGGCUCUGUGCGUUGGUGCACAUUGCUCGCAUAUGGGGCGUUGGCCCCGUCACUGCAGCUAAGGUCUACGGGAUGGGGUACACCUCGAUCGAGGACCUCAGGAAGCCCGAAGCCGCUGCUGUGUUGACAGUCCAGCAGAAGAUUGGGGUCAAGCACUACGAGGAUUUCUUGACCAAGAUUCCACGCGCCGAAGUACAGCAGAUCGAACAGAUUGUUGCCGAUGAAGUUCACAAGAUGAUCCCGAACGCUACUGCACUGGCAUGUGGAUCCUAUCGUCGAGGAAAGUUGGCGUCCGGGGACUGCGAUAUGCUCAUUACCGACCCCGAUGCAGACUCGUGCGAUAUCUUGCCAGACCUGCUCGAGCGACUCCAUGCAUCGGGUUUCUUGACAGACGACCUCAUGCACUCUCAGAAACAAAAGGCGGGGGGAUGUGACACCUACAUGGGCGUCUGUCGCGUCUCAAAGGAGCGCCCGUAUCGGCGCCUGGACAUCAAGAUCUACCCGCGGCAUUGCUUUGGCUUUGCUAUGGUCUAUUUCACGGGCAGCGACCACUUUAACCGGAGCAUGCGGCUCUUUGCGCACAAGAACGGAUGGAGUCUCUCGGACCGCGCGCUCGUGCAAGUGAUGCGCGCGAACGGCACGACCGUACGGCUCGGCGAGACCGUCGUCUGCGAUUCGGAAGUCGACGUGUUCAUUGCGCUGGGACUCGAGUACAAGGACCCAAUCGAACGCAACUGCUUUGACAUUCAGUUUCUCGACGAAGAUGCAGCGAGCGCAGAGCAAACGGCUCGAGCAGGUGACGCGGUGGUCCCCCCCCCUGGCGAGUAA